UUCUGUGCCUUCAAAUCUCGAUACCCAGUGAUAAAGGUGCUUUCUUUAUUCUACAGUUCUCAAUCUCAUCCCCUCAAUGGCGGCAAAAUUAGGACAUGUGAAGGCUUGGGAAGAGAAAACGGUGAUCUGCUACUUCCUUUUGUUUUCUGUAAUAAACAUGGCUAUCUCAGAGGGAGUCAUCACCGCCAUUGGCACCAACGCUGGCGGCGGCAGUUCUAUGCAGAAGCUUGGAGUUCAGAGACAACUGAACAAGUUGAAUAAACCAGCUGUUAAGUCCAUUAAGAGUUCUGAUGGAGAUAUAAUCGACUGUGUUCUCAUCUCAAACCAACCUGCUUUUGAUCAUCCAGGGCUCAAAAAUCAUAAAAUUCAGAGGAGACCAAAUUUCCACCCAGAAGGAAGAAGAAUUGUUGAUGAAAACAAAGUGGGUUCAAAUUCAAAGCCAAUGAGUCAAUUAUGGCAGAAUAGUGGAAAUUGCCCAAAAGGUACGAUUCCGAUAAGAAGAACAAAAGAAGAUGACGUAAUGAGAGCAAGUUCCAUUGAACAAUUUGGAAAGAAGAAGCAUCAGAAUAUCCCUCAGCCCUCAUUUGCACAAUCUCAAUCUGAACUUGUCACUCAAAAUGGCCACCAGCAUGCUAUAGUAUAUGUUCAAGGGGACAAAUAUUAUGGAGCCAAAGCAACCAUAAAUGUUUGGAAACCAGAUGUUCAACAACCUAAUGAGUUUAGCCUCUCUCAAAUUUGGCUUUUAAGUGGCACUUUUGGUAAAGAUCUCAACAGCAUUGAAGCUGGUUGGCAGGUUAGCCCAGAUCUGUAUGGGGAUAACAACACCCGAUUCUUCAUAUAUUGGACAAGUGAUUCAUAUCAAGGAACUGGAUGCUAUAAUUUAUUUUGCUCUGGUUUUAUUCAAACAAAUAACGAAAUAGCCCUUGGAGCUACCAUCUCUCCACUUUCUGGCUAUGGUGGUUCCCAAUAUGAUAUCACCAUUCUUAUCUGGAAGGAUCCAAAACAAGGAAACUGGUGGAUGCAAUAUGGGAACAACCAAGUUCUGGGAUACUGGCCUGCUUCUCUGUUCCCAAAUCUCUCAGACAGUGCAACAGUGAUAGAGUGGGGAGGUGAAGUAGUGAACUCAGAAUCCAAUGGGCAACACACAACAACACAAAUGGGAAGUGGCCAUUUCCCUGAAGAAGGUUUUGGGAAGGCAAGUUUCUUCAAGGGCCUUCAAGUUGUCAGUGAGGAUAAUCAACUUGUGCCUCCUAGUGGCAUUGCCACUUACACUGACCAAUCUAAUUGCUAUAAUGUUAAGAGUGGUUCUUCUUCUAGUUGGGGCAGCUACUUCUACUAUGGUGGACCUGGCAGAAAUCCCAAUUGCCAAUGAUCUUUCAACUAUUCAUAUUCAUCAAAAGAAAGAAAAUCAAAGUGUUAUGUAUAUGGUUAUACCGUUGGAAUAUUAUUUUAGAUAUAUCAAGGUGUCAAUAGUUAACUUGAAUAAAUUUCUUUUUUCUUAAA